AUGGAAUCAUCCUGCUCGACACCAGGGUCGAGCCGAUCACGUUCAGCGGCAGGGUUACGCCUGCCACUUCACUUGCAACAACCGUCGUCGAGUAAUUCUGGUCCAGCCGUAGUUAGUCCGUCCGUGCAUAGUGUUCGACCUGGCCAAACAUACGUCACUGUUCAAACGCUCACCAAAGAGAAUCUCGUCAUCGUUGUGAACCAAAAAACAAAGGUUCACGACGUUUUGUGGAAGUGUGGGGAAAUCCUGGAGAUUACUGAGGACAAAUUGUUUGGACUCGCUCUGCGUCAACCUACUGAAGGAAUCGGUGGAGAUCAACCGAGGCAUGAGUAUUUCUUCCUGGAUCCCGCGCAGAAGAUUGUCAAGUACGCUCCGAAACAACCGCGAUUCUCCCAAUGGGUACGUUUCUCUUCGUUUAUUGUUCCAGUCUGUUCGAUUGUCGUCCACCCUCAGAUUUUGUCAUUGCCUAACACCAUGGAUACGGGAGGUCCAGUCUAUGAAAAUGCCUAA